ACCGAAAAUGGAUCGAAAAUAGAAUUGCCAACGAACAUAUCAAUUAUUUUGAGUUUGAUGAAUUUGAAAAAUGUGAUAAAAUUGGUUCUAGUGCAUUUGCCACAGUAUACAGGCUCAAACUUAUGCGUAAAGUGGAUAUUUAUCCAAAUAUUAUCCAUUUCUUUGAUAAAAUCGAUACAAAGAGUACCGGAUACACAUUCGUUCUUGAAUACGCGAACGGUGGAACAUUGAGAAACUUUUUGGAAGAAAAUGCAAAUAACCUUGACUGGAAUAUAAAAAAUCGGCUUGCAAUAGAACUUGUAGACUCU